CCUCUCUCUUUUCCCCUUCAUCUUUAUAUAACAAUCAUGUUCCCUUCAUCACACUCACUAACCCAUCAAUUCUCUUACUCUCUCUCACGCAAUACAAAAAACACCAUGGCUGCACAAAACUCCCAAACCCACUUCCAAGAUUUCUUGCCUGUCAUGGCCAACAAGCUUGGUGGGGAUGGCCUGAUUGAUGAACUAUGCAACGGCUUCAAUUUGUUGAAGGAUUCGGAUAAAGGGGUCAUCACCUUUGACAGCCUCAAGAGGAAUUCGGCGUUGCUCGGCUUAGAUGGCCUCAGUGAUGAGGAUCUUCGCUCCAUGGUUGUGGAAGGUGACUUUGACGGUGAUGGGGCACUCAAUCAGUUGGAGUUCUGCAUUUUGAUGUUCAGACUCAGCCCUGGACUCAUGGAGGGCUGCAGGAUGUGGCUGGAGCAAGUCCUUCAACAAGAAAUGAAAGAUUUUUUCUAAUUUUCUUUGUUUUUACCACCCCCUUUUUAUUCAUUUAUCAUUUUGGGCAAUUUCCCAUAUACUUGUGUAAGGAAAUUAAAGAAAAAUAUUAAAUGAAAUGGCAGAAGUGCUUCAUUAGAUACUUCCUCCCUUCGUAUUCUCGAGUUUA